AUGCUCACCAAGCAAGGCCGAGCCAUGUUCCCCUUCCUGGUGUACAAAAUCCAGGGUAUGGACCCCAGUGCCCUUUACCACAUCUUUGUCAAAGUGGGACGAAUUGACGAACAUCAUUGGCGAUAUAAGCACGGUCAAUGGCUCCCAUACGAAGAUGAAGAAGAGGAUAACCUGCCAGGCAACCACUUCUAUCAACACCCUGACUCACCCAACACUGGAGCCCAUUGGAUGGACAGAGAGAUAUCCUUUAAAAAACUCAAGCUCACCAACAAGAAGACAGCUUGCAAGAAUGGCAGCCAGGACCCUAUCUUAUUGAAGUCUCUCCACAAAUACCAGCCCAGGCUCCACAUUGAAGAAAUCAGUGAUGGAAGGCAGCACAUGCCUGCUUCCUCCUCCUCAACCCACACCUUCACCUUCCCAGACACAGAGUUCAUUGCUGUGACCACCUAUCAAAACCCUGAGAUCAAAAGCCUGAAAAUUCAAAACAAUCCCUUUGCCACUGCUUUUAGAAGAGGAAGCUCCAGACCUGGAAAAAGAUUGAAGAAUGUUCCUCCAGAUGCAGAAUCCAGUGGAUCCACCUCAUCUUCACCAGCUUUGUUGGUUUCCAACUCUCCUGUUCAGGUCCAAGAGGGCCCUGGCCAAGACAAGGACUUCAAUUUGAUGCAUGGCUCCCAGCCACCCUCAGGGCAUCCCUAUGACUCCAGGGAGAGCAACAGCAACACCAGCCUGGCCUUGCCCUUAACCCUGGAAGGUGAUCUUCUGCCCCAUACAUCUCCAAAUGCAGUGUCAAGACACCCCAAUCCAGAUACCCCCAUCCCUCAAGGAAAUUGGCCACCUUAUCUCUCAACUUGCACUUCCAAUGGGAACAGUAGGUAUUGUCUCCAGCCUCAGAGUCUAAAGCCCCUACAAGCAGGCACUGGAACCCAGGAAGAGGAAAGACUUAAAGAGCAACUGUGCUUCUCUGGCUCUAAGUCCCCUUCAAAUUUCUCUGACCUGGAGCAAAAGACUUGUAAGAAGAGAUGCUUGUCUCCUGUGGACUCAGCCAAGGAUUCUUUGGCUUCAAUCUCAACAACUUGGUAA